UAAAUACAGAGCUUUUGGAAGUUUCUUCAAAAAGAAAAGUGUGCUUCCAACAUUUUUCUCCUUUGUUUGAUUAUCAUUAUUAAUCAUGUCUCCCUGUGUGUGCAGUGGUAUGACCCGAUGUUAUUCGUGACAGAAGAAUUGUGAUUAGUUUUGCUGCGAGCACAAUCAGUGCCAUGAAAUGAGCCGACACAAUCGGUUAGUACAACAGUGUGUCACGACUUCCCCGUACCAGCAGCAGAGUCAUAUGUUAGAGUGUUCUGGGAAAAAGGUUACGACAUUCAGUUUGAAACUGAGCAACAGUGCAUCAGAUAAGUUUGAAACUUCCAUGUACCCUGAUGGUACAGCAAGCAUCCAGGAUGACUAGGCUGUUCCCACUGCUGCUCUGUUCUACACUGCUGUCCCUGCCCACAGCCCUCUGCUGUCCUGAAGGCUGUGAAUGUCUGGUCAGCCUGGUGAACUGUCAGGCCGCGGGGCUGUCCUCCAUGCCAACAGACCUGCCGGUCGACACUGACCACCUGGACUUCACAGAAAACAACCUAACCUACAUCUAUGCAGUCACCUUUAAACAGCUACCACAAGUGCAGCAACUCUACUUGGCUGGGAACAAAAUUGCAGGAAUUGAAUUCCGUGCAUUAUCCAUGCUUAAACACUUGAAAAUACUUGAUCUGAGACACAACAGGUUAACAGAACUACGGGAAUACUACUUCACAGGGCUGAGUAAACUGCGACAGUUAUUUCUUGUGGGGAACAACAUCACAAGGGUGGAUACGAUGGCAUUCAGCGGACUGUUCAGGAUCGAAAAAAUCUACCUCGGGAAAAACCGACUGACGACUUUUCCCUGGACUUCCCUCUUCCUGCUACCCAUGCUGGAGCAGCUGGAUCUGACAGAAAAUAGAAUCCAGAUUCUGGAUCCAAAGAUUCAAAACAUGCCUCAAGCCGACGCAUUUUUCCUGCACGACAACCCAUACAAGUGCAACUGUCAGAUGAGGUGGUUUGGGGGGUGGCUGAAUUCUGGGGUAGUGCCUCAAGGAAUGGACGCCUACCGUCACUUGUACAAAUGCUACCUUCCCGAGAGUUUGCGCCUCCACAAAAUUGCCUCUCUAAAACAGGAGGACUUCUACUGCGCUCCGCCCGUACUGACUGUUUAUUCCAGGAUGGUUGUGGUGGAGAACGGGAUGCCAGCUUCGCUCUGCUGUCACAUGACCAGUGGGUCUCCCACGGAUGUUCAGUGGUUGACAGCACACAACAUCACAAUCAGCGGGAAUACAUCUGUGGGACGUAUACGGGCCCAGGGAAACUGCUUACACAUCAAGUCUGUGAUUGAUAUGGAUGUUGGUGAGUACGUCUGCACGGUGACAAACCGAGGUGGAACUGUCAUGGCAUCCCUGUCCUUGGGCAUAGGGCAGCCAAGAACCGAGCAGUAUAACAUAAACGCAAACAAGACUAGGGAAGAGGAAGAGAUGUCAGUCACUAUUGACCGUACAGAACUCUUCAUCCUCUGUGGAUUUAGCUCAGGUUCACUGGUGUUUGUGGCAAUGUACUUGUUUAUAAAGUGGCCCAACGUCGGGCCGUGUAAGUCCAACAUGGCCCCUCACCAUCCCCCCGCCAUGGCAGCAUUGGUUGCUUCCAGUAGUAUCACGGGCAAUGCUGUGGUGUUGGCAGAUACCAAGCCAGGCCACAAACAGGGGGGGACAGAUGGAGGGGUGAAUAAGAAGGUUAAAAUAGUGGAGCCAGGGGAGAGAGCCUGUGGUCAGAUGGUUCCUUCCAAAGAGAAGAUUCGCUCCACAAGUCUGGUAUAACUUAGGGAGUAUAGCCAGUGCAGUGGAGAAACUAAGUCAUCUCAAUAUUUAGUGUGUAGAACAUUCUUUACAUCAAUGUACAAAGAGUGCAACAGCAUACAUGCAACUGAAACUGCAGACAAAAAACAAUACUGUCAGUAAGUUUUGUGCCAUGUUGCAAGUAGACAAACAUAUAUGUUUUGUAGAAUAUUUAAACUUAUA